AUGAGAAAUGUACCUACCACUCCAUCAGAUGAAAGGCAUCAAUUCUUCCUCCAGUGGAGACGUGGCUCCAGCAACAUCAAAAAUGGGGAAAACUCGACUCUCACAUCAUCCAGACCAACUAACGCAUCGGGUACUCCGAAUACUGAUUCAGAUUCCACUGGAAUCAAAUCUGACUCUCCUACAGUACGUCAUGCAAGUAAAACAUGGAAUGAGGAUUGGCAAUGCAAAACAAACGGACGAGUUCUAUACAGCAAAGAAAAAAAUUGGGAGAGGAUUCGGAAAGUGGUCCCAUAUGGAAAACAAGGCAGAAAUAUCGAUGAAAUCACGGAGAAGUUCACUCGUAAAAAGUGCAACAAAGAUUCUACCACAAUCAUUGCCUUCAAACUCAACAGAAAAACUGCCACCAUCACCAUUUCUUUCUUGGAAAACUUGCCGUCGCAAUCUUAUCAUCUAGAUGACUCUGGAUUGGACGACAACGGGACGUACUUGACACCCCCGUCGAAGGCUGAGGCGGAACUUCAUAAAGAGGAGAUUUUGGAAAAAAUCAAAUCUUUGGAGGAGCGAGUGGUGGCAGACAAUCGAAACAUCACUAAUCUUCUCGAGGUGCAAGAAGUCGGGAUGAGGAAAAUUGUGUUGCAACUAGAGAAGAUCCAGUCAAUCAUCGCCGAGACAAGAAAGGCCACGAAGAGACCAAGUCAGGAGCAGCAAGUUGAGAAAAAGAAUGCAUUGUGA